AGACAUUGCGCGCAGGCUCAUGCCAGCGUGGCAGCAUGUGGCAGAGCAAGAGCUGCAGGUUACUACCAUCUCGGGCGGAAUCACCAACCUGAUAUUUAAAGUGCAGCAAGCGAAGAAAAGCCAGCAGCAGGAGCAGCAGAAGGAGGAGGAAGGAAAUGGGAAUGACCGAAACGGGGAGGCGUCAUCCGAGAAAAGGGGAGACAGCAGCCAAUCAGAGGCGAUCACUGUGCGCAUCUACGGGCCAGAUACGGACAAAAUCAUCAACCGGAGCAGAGAAUGGGAGGCACACAGGGCGUUGUCAACAGCAAACUUCGGGCCUCGCUUAAUAGGGAGCUUCACCAAUGGAACCGUGCAGACAUACCUGCCUGGCCGCACCCUUACUCCACCCGAGAUGUGCACCCCGCCGCUGUCACACCUGAUAGCGGCACAGCUGCACCGCCUGCACCAUCUGGACGUGCCUCUUGGGCCGAAGGAGGAGCGCAAGGAGGGACAUCUUUGGCACGCCUUGUUCGACAUGCUCGAUACUGCCGAGAAGCUUAAAUACGACGACCAGAAGCUGCAGACUCGGUUUGAAUCCAUUGACUUUGCGAAGUUGAGAAGCGAGAUACAAGAAGCAAAGGAGCUGACAGACCGUCUGCACUCGCCCAUAGUAUUUGCCCACAACGACCUUCUUGCUUACAACCUGCUGCUGGACGAAUCACAACCAGGCGCCCCCACUAUGCACAUGAUUGACUUUGAGUACGCGGCGUACAACCCCCGGGGGUACGACAUUGCAAACCACUUCUGUGAAUAUGCCGGCUUCGAGUGCGAAUACUCAAGGUUCCCCUCCAAGGCCCACCAGCUGGACUUUUUCCGCCACUACCUGCACCCCACCGCUCCUGAGAAGGCUUCUCAGGUGGAACUGGACAGGCUGUAUCUGGAGGUGAACGCUUUCACACUUGCCUCUCAUUUCUUCUGGUGCCUCUGGUCCCUCCUUCAGUCGAACUUUAUUUUACGAGCAGCAGCAGCCAUGGUGCUCAGCGUCGCGUUACCCGAGGGCCUCGAUGCGUCGAAGCUGUCCAAGGACAUCUCCGCGUACAGCGAGCUGCAGCAAGCUCGCCUCAAGUUCCGCCCGACGCUCCCCUCCAUGCUCGACGGGCCCAGCGUUGUCGAGAAGGGUCCUCCCACCAAGGCCGCCGGCAACGAUGAGGAGAUUGCCAAGCUCUUCCCGUCGCUCUACGGCCAGCCCUCCGUGAAGCUCGUUCCGGCCGGCGCAUCCGCCGCAACCCCCACGCCCAUCACCGUCGGCGUCGUGCUGUCCGGAGGCCAGGCUCCCGGCGGCCACAACGUCAUUGCGGGACUUUUCGACUACCUGCAGGAGAAGGUGCCGGGCAGCAAGCUGCUGGGGUUCCUUGGAGGCCCAGCGGGAGUGAUGAAGUGCAAGUACGUGGAGAUCACGGCGGAGUUCCUCUACCCCUACCGCAACCAGGGCGGCUUCGAUAUUAUCUGCUCCGGCCGCGACAAGAUCGAGUCCCCCGAGCAGUUCGCCAUGGCCGUGGCAUCGGCGGAGAAGCUCUCGCUGGACGGGCUGGUGGUCAUCGGCGGAGACGACUCCAACACCAACGCCUGCCUGCUCGCCGAGCACUUCCGCGUCAAGGGCCUGAAGACGAAGGUGAUCGGGUGCCCCAAGACCAUCGACGGCGAUCUCAAGGCGGCGCAAGUGCCCAUCAGCUUCGGCUUCGAUACCGCGUGCAAGGUCUACUCCGAGACCAUUGGGAAUGUCAUGACUGAUGCGCGGUCCGGCGGCAAAUACUACCAUUUCGUGCGGCUGAUGGGCCGAGCGGCGUCGCACAUCACCCUCGAGUGCGCGCUGCAGACGCACCCCAACAUCACGCUCGUUGGCGAGGAGGUGUUCGCAAAGGGCAUGACCCUGGGCCAGGUCACCAACCACAUCGCUGACGUCAUCUGCCAGCGCGCCGAGGCGGGCAAGAACUUCGGCGUGGUGCUUAUUCCCGAAGGGCUCAUCGACUUCAUCCCCGAGAUCAACGAUCUCAUCUCCCAGCUGAACGAGAUCCUGGCCAAGGCGGCGGUGGACGCGGAGGGCAUGUACGAGUGGAAGGAGGGGCUGCAGCCCAACACGCGCACGCUGUUCGACUCGCUGCCCAAGGACAUUCAGGACCAGCUGCUGCUCGAGAGAGACCCCCACGGCAACGUGCAGGUGGCGCGCAUUGAGACGGAGAAGAUGCUGAUCAGCAUGGUGGAGGAGGAGCUGGGGCGGCGGGCCAAGGCGGGGCAGUACAAGGGCGCCUUCGAGGGCCGCUCGCACUUCUGCGGCUACGAGGGGCGGUGUGGCAUGCCCACGCUCUUCGACGCCACCUACUGCUAUGCUCUCGGUUCCGUGGCAGCAGCAUUGGUGCAGGCGGGGGAGACGGGGCUCAUCGCGUCCGUGGGGAACCUGACUGCUCCUCCCCAGGAGUGGACUGUUGGCGGCACUGCUCUCACUGAGCUGAUGGUUGUGGAGAGGCGCAAGGGCAAAAACAAGCCGGUGAUCAAGAAGGCCAUGGUUGAAUUCGAGGGUGCGCCCUUCAAGAAGUUUGUCUCAGUGCGUGACGACUGGGCCCUCAACGACCGCUACAGAAGCCCAGGCCCCAUCCAAUUUGAGGGCCCUACUGCCUCCCAGCCAAACCUCACACUGCUGCUUGAGCAGGGCGUGUCCCCACAUCCCGGCGAGCCCUUUUUCCUGAUAGCGGGGCCGAACGUGAUCGAAUCGGAGCAGCACACGCUGCACAUGGCACGGGCUAUCAAGGAGGUCGCUGACAGUCUCGGUCUGAGGUUCGUUUUCAAGGCUAGCUUCGACAAGGCCAAUCGCACGUCACUGAAUGCGUUCAGAGGGCCGGGGAUGGAACAAGGGCUCCAGAUUCUGGAGCAAGUGAGGCAGCAGGUUCACGUGCCAGUGCUCACUGACGUACAUGAAACGAGCCAGUGCGAGCCAGUGGCCAGGGUGGUAGACGUCAUUCAGAUCCCGGCUUUCCUCUGCCGACAGACGGAUCUGCUGACAGCAGCAGCUCGCACAGGCCGACCCAUCAACAUUAAAAAGGGGCAGAUGUGCAGCGCUGAGGUGGUGUUGGCGGCAGCUGAGAAGGUGAGGGCGGCCGGCAACCCCCAUGUGAUGGUGUGUGAGCGGGGCACCAUGUUCGGAUACGGAGAUCUGAUCCUGGAUCCACGCAAUCUCGUUCAGAUGCGGGCGGCAAACUGCCCUGUGGUUGCUGACGCCACCCACUCCCUGCAGCAACCGGCUCAGCGGCAGCUGCCAGGGGGAGGCCUAGCAAGCGGAGGGCAGAGGCAUCUCAUCCCGGCUGUGGCGCGAGCAUGUGUGGCGGUGGGGGUGGAUGGCAUUUUCAUGGAGGUUCACGACAAUCCCGAGGCUGCUCCUGUGGAUGGCCCGACCCAGUGGGUGAGUGGGGGAGGGUGA